AUGCCUCACAAACAAGAACUUGAAUUUAUAACUAUUCCUGAUGCUCCUCUUGGUGCAAUUGUUACUCUUCCUGCAGGUAUCAUAGACCCUGCGGAUCUUAAUGACGAAGACUUUCAGAAACUCAAAGAGGGUCUUUUAACCCACAGCGUGCUCGUCAUUCCUGGCCAAGAAAAUCUUUCUCCAAGAUCUCAGUACAAAAUCACCAAGCGCAUGGACCCCACCUGUGAAGGUGGCUAUGGUCAUUCUAAAGAGUUUCGCCAUGACAAAUCAGUUCUUCGCCGAGAUGGUGUUUCUGUACCUGAUCAACCUCAAGUCCAAGUGUUAGGCCAAGGAACUUUUAAGGGCCAUUAUGGAAUGGAUUCUAUUACUUUGCGCCAUCCUACUCAUUUUGAUUUCCAUCAAAAGCCCUUGACUGAUGAUGAAGUCUCCAAUGGUUACACCCGGUUUUACCGCUGGCAUAUUGAUUCAGCUCUUUACGGGCUUUCACCUCCAGUUUGCACUACUCUUCUUGGUAUCCACGUUCCUAAGACUACUGAAACCAUGAAAAUUAAGUAUGAAGAUACCAAGGAAGAAAUUGAGAUUGCCCAAGCCGGAACUGCUUUCUUUUCUGGUGCCAAUGCUUUUGACGCUCUUUCUGAUGAAGACAAAGAACUAGCUCUUGGUACUACUGUUGAAUAUGCUCCUCAUCCCUACAUUUUUAUUUCUCCUGCUCGUGCUACCAGCGAUGGUGUGACUAUGGUUUCCGAUUGUAAAGAGAUUCCCCUUUCAGAACUUCCAGAGUGGGAAGAGUCCAAGGUCAAGAGACUUCCAAUGGUUUGGACUAACCCUGUUACCGGGCGACAUCAAUUGCAGAUUCAUGGAGCUUGCAUUUACAAAAUGCCCCGUCCUGAUGGCACAAUUUUGCAACUUGAGGAAGCUCGUAAACAAGCUUACAGAUUGAUACGCCCAGCUAUUGCACCAAAAAAUAUUUAUGUUCAUCCCUGGAAGAAAGGUGAUCUUGCCUUGUUCCAUAACCAGGGUGUUUUGCAUAGUGUCACUGGUCAGUUUGCCGAAGGUGAAACUCGAUUGAUGCAUCAGUGCAAUAUUGCCAGUGGUGUUGAUCCUGUUACUGUGAGAAACUAG